AUGAAACCGGUGGCGUCCGAAAAGAAACCGGCGGCUUCCAAAACGAAACCGGUGGCUUCCGAAACGAAACCGGUGGCUUCCAAAACGAAACCGGUGGAGUCCGAAACGAAACCGAUGGCGUCCGAAACGAAACCGGUGGCGACCGAAAUGAAACCGGUGGCGUCUGAAGCGAAACCGGUGGCGUCCGAAACGAAACCGAUGGCGACCGAAACGAAAUCGGUGGCUUCCGAAACGAAACCGGUGGAGUCCGAAACAAAACCGAUGGCGACCGAAACGAAACCGGUGGAGUCCGAAACGAAACCGAUGGCGUCCGAAACGAAACCGGCGGCUUCCGAAACGAAACCGGUGGCUUCCAAAAAGAAACCGGUGGCUUCCAAAAAGAAACCGGUUGCUUCCAAAACGAAACCGGUGGCGGGAUGGCAACUUGGGGAGGCGUCGCCGUCGGACGAGGAUGCACCAGGAGCGGGCGCAGCGGCGGCCGGAGCCGCGGCGAGGGCAUCGAACCCCGGUUCCGCCGAUCCACAUUCCCCAAUCCAACCACCGCGCCACCCGCUUUCCCCCGACGCCGGCCCCGGCUUAUUACCAAUUAAAAGAGCGACCGGGAACACGUCUAAAUUACUUCCAGUAAGCAUCCUCGCAUUUUCAACAUAA